AUGAGAUCCAGAUCGCCAAUUCGCCGAUCUGGGUCAUCUCUGAUCGAGCACCUUGCCCUGUCGGUUUUGAUGCAGAGCUCCUUGGGCCCGGACUUUGUUGCAAGGUCAGAAGGACCAGGGCCGAUGUACGCCGCCCCCUCCUUCGCGAGGAGUGACAGCUGGCUGAUAGGUCCAAUUGCGGCAAUCCGCUCAUCGAGACAGGACAUUUUGCUGGAGCCCAAACUAGCACUUGAGCCAGCACGUCAGACUCGAAUACCCGGGCACAAAAGGCAAUCACCCCCAGGCCCUGGUUUCCCUCACCAGGGAGGGGGGGUUUGCAAGGACAUGCGAGUCCUUGCGCUGCGCCCUUCGUCUCGGCACCAAGACCCGAACGCCUGGCCCCAAUGGCCUACGAAUACAGUGGAACCAGUACCUGCGCGGGGGGAGGCAAAGCAAGCCCAGCUGAUCACCGACCCUGGGCCGUUCUUCCCAAUCGCCACCUACCAAGAUCCAGUCCAUAGCCUGCAAGAAGAUCCCCCAUUGGAAACUUGCGAACUAAUCUGUAGUACCGCGCAUAUUAGCUCCCUUGAUGCGCAGCUAUACUCCGUGGCUGACGCAGGCCCCGUCUCUCGUGCUACAGCUGCGAACACCGGUUCUCAACUGCGGUGCUACUGCGCGGCCGCAGUGGCAAGACGCAACUGGGAGGCCAAGGCACAUAUGCAUCGAAGCCCCAGAAAUGGGGGUCGCAUGUAA